AUGUCCAAGGUGUUGCAGAAAGUGGUUGACGCCAUUGAGGCAGGUGUGGAUGCAAGAAGCACAUCAAAUUACACCAGCAGAUGGGAUCCAUCCAAUGCUUUCUUUUUCUGUGGCACCAUAAUCACCACCAUCGGCUUUGGAAACAUCUCACCCAAGACCAAAGGUGGUCAGUUGUUCUGCAUAUUUUACGCUCUGGUGGGGAUCCCCAUGUUUGGGAUACUGUUAGCCGGGGUUGGAGAUCACCUGGGCACCCUGCUGCGGAGAGCCGUGGCCAAGGUGGAGACUUUGUUCUUGCGCAAGGGUGUGAAGCCCACCAGUGUCCGCAUAAUCUCAGCUGUGUUCUCCAUCCUGAUUGGCUGCUUGGUCUUCAUCGCCGUGCCGACCAUGGUGUUUCAGGAAGUGGAGAGCUGGAGCCUGCUGGAAGCGGUGUAUUUUGUUGUGAUUACACUCACCACGGUGGGCUUUGGGGACUAUGUGGCAGAGAACAGGAGAGAUGGAACGCCCCUGUACAAGCCAUUGGUGUGGUUGUGGAUAGUGUUUGGUCUGGCGUAUUUUGCAUCCAUCCUCACGAUGAUUGGGAACUGGCUUAGAGUCCUUUCAAAGAAGACGCGUGCAGAGAUGGAGGAGCUGAGAGCUCACGCCACAGACUGGACUCAAAACAUCCAGAACAUGUCUAUGGACUUCCGUAUUCCCGUUCCACUGGAUCUUAAUGACCCCUUUCAGCUUCAGCGGAGACGCAGAAGGAAGCGCCACCACCACCAUCAUCAUCAUCAUCGCCACCCAAGACCAAACACAACAGGACUGACUCAUGGGAUCUCUCUUGAUGCCGAUAUUAUCAGAGAGAACGGACAUCUGAUCCUUGGCUGGCCGACAUGCAGAUACAAACCAGCUUCAGAAGUACUGUCCCAAUCCAGGUCAAUGAGCAGGAUUGAUGGAGCGCAUUAUGAGAUGAGACCAGGAUCACGGCUGACAGUAGGACCGACGUCGAGAUCCAUCUCACGGCUAGAGCUAAAACCAGCAUCCAGAGCCGGGUCCAGAGCCAUUUCCAGAUCCCCCUCACAAUCCGAAUCGGGGUCAUUUUCUGCAUCCGAGACACCAUCUGAGUCCUGGUCGGAAUAUGAAUACGAGUCAAACUCCUGUAACUCAGAGGAUGUGGAAUCUGGAGCGAAGGCAUCACGGAGAUCACUGGAAAGUCAGAAUGAUGUUCCGAUUGUGGUAGUUGCAAGCUGCAGUCCACCCCGUCCGUCCCUUCUGGACUUCUUUGGCGAGAACCUAGCCUACAUCGACGAGUCUUCCGACGCUCUUAGUGAUCGGGUCAAACCGUCAGGACAGAACCGUCAACGCAGACCAAAGAGGAGGAGUAUGACAAAGCGGCAGCCUGCUGGACUACAGAGGGAGGUCAGUAAUGAACUACAACCCCCAUCACAUCCUCCGACUCCACCACCUCCAACAUCUUAGCUUUCAAAAUCACUGUCAAACACUGUCAACCAAAAUGACUUGCGUAAUGAACUCUGGCUUUCAGAAUAGCACACUACAUCUUUUUUAAAUUAUAUAUACGAUAAAUCAGAUCCUCCACUAUUUUGAGAUUGCUGUAUUUAACGCAAAUUGUCGGAAGAUUUCCCACUUUUUUUUUUUUAGUUCAGUCUGGUUUAAAUUCCUGCACCGUCACAGAGCGCCAUCUGCACAGUUUUACAUUCAAAAACAAUAGUAUUUGAGUAUAGAAUGUGCUCGUACGGUUUGCAAAGCCUCUCUUGUACACACAUUGGAUCAUUUACAUCAAUUUGUUCAAAUAGUCGUCAAACAAUACGGUUAUUUAUUGUUUUUAUCGCAAAUUUGACCCUGGACCACAACAUCAGGGAUAAGACUACAUUGUUUGGAAAUUGAGGUUUAUACAUCAUCUGAGACGCUGAUUAAAUAAGUUUUAUAUUGAUGUUAGUGAUGGGUCGUUCAUGAACGAUUCGUUCAUUUUGAACGAAUCUUCAAUAUGACUCGGGAACUAUAGCU